UUCAAACGUCAGUCUGAUCUCUCUCUCUCUUUCUCUCUGACCGUUUCGAUUUCUCCCUCCCGCUCUAAUUUGGGGAACGAUACCCUCCUUGUUUUCGGUUUUGACCUGGAGAUGAAGAUGAACAUCAAUAGAGCCAGCGAUCUGAGUUCCAUAUCAGUGUUUCCUCCCCAUACAAGGAGAUCUAGUGUUGGAUCAGCUGAGCCACAAUCAUCGCAGCAGCAGCUUCGAUCACAACCGUCGCAGCAGUCAUUCUCGCAAGGACCUCCCUCUCAGCGUGGCGGCUUUUCUCAGCUGACUCAGAGCUCCCUCGAAGAAGCUAUAGCAAAUGAUCAGAGAUUUAACUCUCAAGAGCGAGAUCUUUCUCUGAAGAAGGUUAGCUGCUUGCCCCCUAUCAGUCAUAAACGAGAAGACUCUCAGCUUGGGCUGCCGAGAUCUUCUAGCAAUCUUAUGAGGAGAUGGAAUCCCCCCAAUUCGAUUGUGGAAGCUAAAUGUCAGAUUGGUGAAGAUUUUGAGCAACGGAUUGGAAUGAUAGAAACUUCAUUGAACAGGUUUGGGAUGUUGUUGGACUCCAUUCAGAGUGAUAUAAUGCAAGCCAACAGAGGAACCAAAGAAGUAUGUCUAGAAACUGAACGUAUACGGCAAAAGUUGAUUCUCCAUGACACUUCACUUGAGCAGCUGAGUAAGGAACAAGCGGCUGUCAAAGCGAGUCUUGAUGGGGGUGUUAAAUCUGUUUUGGAGCAAAUAAACAAGGAUCCCUAUCAAGAGAAGCUACAGAGGAUCAUUUUUAUGCUAACAACUAUUCCAGAGCAAAUUGAAACCUCCCUGGAGAAAACUCGGAGGGAAAUCUGCAACAUGUUCACCAGAGAGAUACGGGCAGUGGCUAGCUUGAAGAUUCCUGAUCCAAGACAAACUGCCACAGCAUCUCAAGUAAAGUCUAUGGCUAGCCUGAAGAUUCCUGAUCCAAGAAUUCAAAUUUCGACAGCAUCUCAAGCCAAGGAGAACUUGCCUGAGCAAUGGGGUCUAGAGGUCAAGAAGAAUGCCCGGUAUACCACUACCUUGAAUCAGAGAAAACCUCAGCUGUCCAGAAAUCCUUGUUACACUUCAACUGGAGCUGUAAAAACUUGUCUAUCUCCAAAGAUUCAAGUGGGAUGUUGGAAGUCAGUGAAACCAGAACAAAACACAUGCAAGAAGAGAAUAGUGAGCAACCAAGUGAAAUCUGAAGGCACCCGUGGGCAGUCGAAAGAAUACAGCGUUGUCAUUGACUCAGAUGAAGACAUAGACGGAGGCUUCUCCUGCUUGCUUGAUGAGAACACAAAAGGAGGAGUUCAAUUCAGAUGGGACGCAGAGAAGGAAACUGAACGGAUUCUGAAGACGGCGAGAAGGACUAAGAGGAAGUACGGGAACCCCAUAGUUAUUAACUGAAAAGGGUAGGUUCCAAAUUUACAUAAUGUGGCAAUGUGCCACAAGGGGCUCGCCCGCUUGAUGUUAGCCUUUUUUUUUGUGUUCUGAAAAUAUUACAUGUGCGUUAAAUAUAUACAGAGAUAUUAUAUUUCCCCGUGUCUGUAUGUGUGUAUACGUUUUGGUCCCUACUGAAAAAUACGAUGAAGGUUUUUUGUUUUCUGAUUGAAACAAACCCAAAUGAAGUCGUGGUCGUAACCUAUUCCGCUUGAUUUUGAUUUAACUUAUCGUUCUACUUUUUGCAUUGCAUUGAUGCCACCCAUGAAUCAGACAAUGCGAGCAUAUUA